ACCAGUGAAACAUCAACUCCAGUAUCUUUCUCAAAAUCCUAUCGAAGAGAGCUAAGCUGAUUUAAAAACAAUUUGAUGAUUAUGAUUGAUCGCCAUCUUCAACCACUUUCACCACCAAACUCUCAAUCACUCUUCUUCUUCUUCUUCUUCUUCAAGCAACCAACACCAAAACACACCCUCCACAUCGUACCUCACUCCACGUUUGCUCCUCUUCACCUCUGCUUCGAUUCCUACCAUGAGACCUUUCGUAGGGCUUUACAUCCUCUGUCUCCUUAUCAGCCAAGAUCUACCCUUUCUAGCUGCAGAUGACGUCAAUGCCAUAAACGACUCUACUCAGAAUCUCUGUUUUGCUAGUCGAUUAUCUGAUUUUCUCCCACCACCGUACAGCAACAUCUCCGAUAACAUGCCAUGUACUCCUCUUUGGAACACGUUCGUCUUACGGUACUCAGAAAGCAGAGACAAUGUGAUGACGAUCAUAGUAUCAGCUUUAUACACAACCGGAUGGGUUGGGAUAGGAUUCUCGAAAGAUGGAAGAAUGGUUGGAUCAAGCGCGAUGAUCGGGUGGAUUUCGAAAAAGGGUCACGCCAAAAUCAAACAAUACUAUCUCCAAGGAACGGAGAGAGACCAAGUUGUGCCGGAUCAAGGAGAAUUGCAACUACAAAAAGUGCCUCCUGUGGUGGCUCUUCACGGAGCAAUGAUUUAUUUAGCUUUUCAGGUGAAGUUCGUCGUUAGAGUUCCUCGUAGAGCCGUCAUUCUAGCGUUUAGCACCGCUUAUCCUUCCAAGCUAGGCCGUUUGACUAAGCACGAUGAUAAAACUACAGUCAUCGUCGAUUUCUCCAAAGCGAGUGGAGCAAGCUCUAUAACGACGACGACUUCUACGGAGAAGACAAAACAUGGAGUAAUGGCGAUACUCGGAUGGGGUUUUUUGCUUCCCGUAGGGGCAAUCUUGGCGAGAUAUCUUAGACAUAAAGACCCUCUUUGGUACUAUCUUCAUAUCUGUUUACAAUUCACGGGGUUUAUCUUCGGUUUAGCCGCUGUUAUUCUUGGGAUUCAGCUUUACAAUAGGAUCCAUCCGAAUAUACCUGCACAUCGAGGCAUUGGGAUCUUUCUUCUAGUCCUUAGCAUUCUUCAGGUUUUGGCUUUCUUUGCACGGCCACAGAAAGAGACAAAGUUGAGGAGAUAUUGGAAUUGGUAUCAUCAUUGGAUUGGGAGAAUCUCUCUCUUUUUUGGAGCAGUGAACAUUGUUCUUGGGAUCCGAAUGGCGAAUAACGGAGGAGGAGAUGGAUGGAAAAUUGGAUAUGGAUUUGUGUUGUCAUUGACGUUACUUGCUUUUGUUGUUCUUGAAAUAUUAAGGAUCCGUGGCUCCAUUGGUUCUCCAUCUUCUCACACCUCUCCCUCUUUUGAGGCACAUCCAAGUUCUUCUACUAGUGUCUGAUUCAAUAUCAUCUGUUUUUGUCAUUGAUUUGUUUCUUGUACAUAUAUAAAGGCACUUUUUUUUUUUUUGUUCUUAUUAUUUUCUUGGCUAAAGUCAUUGCAUUUUAUAGUCGAUAA